UUCCUCUAUGCCCUAAACCUCAAAAACAUAAUAGCAAUACAAAACAUAAGUUAGCUCUACUUUGUCAUGGAUUCAAACAGAUACUUAGUUACUCUCUUUUUGUUCUCCAACAUUCUUUUCUUUACCCUUGUAAGUGGUUGCUGGAGUGGUUGCAACAAUCCACCAUAUCCUAAACCAAACCCUAACCCGAACCCAAACCCAAACCCGAACCCGAGCCCAUCCAAGGGACAUUGCCCUAGAGAUGCCCUAAAACUAGGAGUAUGUGCCAACGUGCUGAACGGGCCGGUCGGAGCGGUCAUCGGGACCCCACCCGACCCACAUUGUUGUAGCGUACUAGGUGGACUUUUGGAUCUUGAAGCUGCUAUUUGUCUUUGCACUGCAUUGAAAGCUAAUAUUCUUGGAAUCAACAUUAAUAUUCCAAUUGCACUAAGCUUGCUUAUUAAUACUUGUGGCAAAACUCUCCCAUCUGAUUUCAUUUGUGCCUAAUAAGCUAUAAAUGUUUCUCUUUUGGGUCGUCACAAAAAAAUAAGUUUUAGCGACUAGACUAUUCUUAGCGACCUUCAAGUUGGCGCGAAAAAUAACUUUUAGUGACGAAUUUUUAUCAUUUUCUGUGGCGACUAAUUAAAGUCGCAUUUGUUGUAGUCAUGUGUUGAUGUGAAGUAUUUUGCCUUUGUUGUUUGUAUCAUUCUAGGAAUUUCUAUUUUUGCCUUUGUUGUUUGUAUCAUUCUAGGAAUUUCUAUUUUUGUUUGUUGAAGUUUCAUUUUAAUUAGGAUUGAGCACUUGAUUUAAUUUGUAUGAAGGGAUUGUUAUUCCAUCUCUUUUGUAGUUUUACUAUAGUGCUUUCUUUAGUUUGUUGACUUGAAUUUCUAAUUCACCAAUAUUAUUUGCUUUUAAUU